AUGUACGUACAUGCAGCAGGUACAACGUCGCGUUAUUUAUUUUUCCGAAACCGCAUGUGUGUGUGAUGAUGCGGUGUGUGCGCAGUCCGUGCCCACGCGCCUAAAUGAACUGCUGGGCUCGCGUGACAUCCUUGCUUGGGCACAGCGGCGUCCACUCGCUUUCGCGUCGAUGCCCUCGCUUGCACGAGUUUGAGAAUCGAAAGUGCUUCUGCUACGUUGCCGUUGGAAGGUCUCUGUUCGCGAACGCAUUGCCAAGGCGCUGCAGGCGACCACUGCUUUGUUUAGGCGAGAUGGCGGCUUCUUCUACUUCCUCAGCCCACGUCUCAACUUCAGCUAGCUGCAGGAAAAAUCGGCUUUCCAACGAGAAGUCUCCGUAUCUCCUGCAGCAUGCCAGCAACCCUGUCGACUGGUAUCCAUGGGGUGAGGAUGCCUUCAAAAAGGCCAAAGAUGAGGAUAAACUCAUUUUCUUGUCUGUAGGCUACUCAACGUGCCACUGGUGCCACGUGAUGGAGCGCGAGUCCUUUGAGAAUGCCGAGAUUGCCAAGCUCAUGAACGAUCACUUCGUCAACGUCAAAGUGGACCGUGAGGAACGGCCGGACGUCGACCGUGUCUACAUGACCUACAUCCAGGCCACCUCCGGAGGCGGUGGAUGGCCCAUGAGUGUAUGGCUCACACCCGACCUGAAGCCGAUCAUCGGUGGCACCUACUUUCCUCCCGAUGACCGGUACUUCGGCCAGCCUGGCUUCAAGACUCUGCUAACCAACAUUGCUGAGCAGUGGAGGCAGAACCGGACCAAGCUCAUCGACCAGGGAGACCGCAUCUUCCAGAUCCUGCAGCAGACGUCCGACGUGCGCGUGUUUGGUGGGGAGGGCGUGCCCGCCUCCCCUCGAGGCAGCGAAGGAAACCUGAGGUGCCCGUUUGCGCCCGACGUUGCCACCACCUGCUACCGGCAGCUGGAGCGGUCGUACGACAUGAUCAUGGGGGGCUUCGGGCGUGCCCCAAAGUUCCCCCAGUGCGUAAACCUGAACUUCCUGUUGCGAUACCGCGCCGUGCUUCUCCAGGGGUUGCCCCCGUCAGAAGUGAAGGCAGCCGUGGACAAGGCGCUCGAGAUGACUGUCCACACGCUGAUCAUGAUGGCGCAGGGCGGGAUCCACGACCACAUUGGCAAGGGUUUCCACCGCUAUGCGACAGACGGCAAAUGGCACGUGCCGCACUUUGAGAAGAUGCUGUACGACCAGGCUCAGCUGGCCCGUGCUUACAGCGAGGCCUACCAGGUGACUCGCGACCGGCGGCUACUGGAUGUGGCACGUGACAUCCUGUGCUACGUCGAACGGGACCUCAGCCACCCGAGUGGCGGCUUCUACAGCGCGGAAGACGCCGACUCGUACCCCGAGCAAGAGGACAAGGAGAAGAGGGAGGGCGCCUUCUGCGUCUGGGAGGAGAAACAAGUGCGUCUUCUGCUCACAGAGCCACUGCCCAGUUGCUCGGAGAAGACUGUCGCUGACAUUGUGUGCCGCUACUACGACAUCCGAAAGAACGGCAAUGUCGACCCUAUGCAGGAUCCUCAUGACGAGCUCAAGAGGAAGAACGUGCUCAUGGUGCAAGAGUCGAAGGAGUCGUUGGCCACGUGCUACGGCCUCGAGGUGGACGUGCUGGACUCCUUGUUGGAGCGGGCGAGGGAGACCCUGUUCAAGGCGCGGCUGCGGAGGCCGAAGCCACACUUGGACGACAAAUUCCUCACGUCGUGGAAUGGGCUUAUGAUAUCCGGCUUUGCAACUGCGGCCCGGACACUGAACCAGCCGAUCUACCUGGACCGAGCCCUCAAGUGUGUGGAGUUCAUCAAGAAGCAUCUCUACAACCCCAACGAGAAGACUUUGAUCCGGAGUGCCUACCGAGGAGCAGACGACUCGGUUGUGCAAGUGUCACAGCCCAUCCGAGGAGUGCUGGAGGACUACGCCUUCAUGAUCCAGGCAUUGCUGGACGUGUACGAAGCGUCCUUCGACGUGUCCUGCUUGAUGUGGGCCGAGGAGCUGCAGGACAUGCAGAACAGCCUCUUCUGGGACACCCAGGACAUGGGCUACUUUCUCAGCAGUGGCGAGGAUUCCACGGUUGUGCUGCGUCUUAAGGACGACCAGGAUGGGGCUGAGCCGAGCUCCAACUCGGUGUCCCUGAACAACCUGGUGCGGCUGUCGGUGCUGCUGCAGCGAGACGACCUGCGCGUGCGUGCCGAGAAGCUGGCCUCCGCGUACAGCCAGCGCAUGAUCCUGGUGCCCCUCGCCCUGCCCGAGAUGGUGUGCGGCCUCAUGCGGCUGCAGGCUGGGCCUCAGGAGGUGGUGAUUGCAGGACCCCGGGAUGAUCCUGGCACAAAGGAACUGCUGUCCUGCCUGCGACAACACUUCUUGCCCUUUGUCACCAUCAUUCUGGCUGACCAGGAUCCCAAGAACCCGCUGCGCGAGCGGCUGGAGAACUUCGACAGCUACACCUGCGUCGACGGCAAGCCUGCUGCAUACGUCUGCCAGGACUUCAAGUGUUCCAAGCCAGUCACAACUGCGGCCGAGCUCGAGGCGCUUUUAACUCCUAAGGAGACGUAGCUACCUGUGGAUGUAGCAUUUUAGCGUUUUGGGCAUGCUGUUAUAGGGCACACAACACAGCUAUAGCACAAACUUGUUUAGUAGGUCAAGAAAUAGUUCUUAUGCAUAGUCUAUUCCAUGUUUUUUCUACUUCAUCUGUUUGAGCUUUUGUUUUUGAUGUGUCCCAGGAUGUUGGUUGUUGAGGCGAUUGUUAUGCCCUUGUAGCGUGUUUUGGUGGCCCAGUUUUUUUGGGCACUCGUUGCACUGUUGUAUAGAGAAGUGUCCUUGGCAGUGGCAAUUGAAGAAUAAAGAUUCAAUUUUUUUCCCACUUCUCUUAUUCAGUGUGGCUUACUGCUUGAAAGACUUCUGGUGUUCUUAUAUGAAAAGUAUACAGUCGAACCUCUUUAUAACAAAUUUGCAUCCACCACGAACAUAUCUUCGUUCCAAGUAUAUAGUUGUUACAUGCUGAUAUGGUCAAGAAAUUUUAAAAAUUUGUUGCUUUAUAUCGAGGUUUCGUUUGCUUACACCAUUUUGAAUUUUUUGUAGCACUGGUGCAUCUAGUGUGCCUCAUCGUAUACUAUAUGUGACGGUAAAGCAGACGUUUUGAAUCUUUGAUAGCAUCAUGUGUGUGUUAUGCAGCAGUAUCAGUUAUUCCAGCUGUGGAAGUGUAUGCUUGUAAAUUGCAAAGCAAUAGACGGCAUGUGGCAUGAUGCCAUUUUGGAGUCCUGAAUUUAUAAUGUGAAAAAUAGUGAAACAAAUGCAGACAAGAAUAGAAUACGAUGGACACAGGAGCAGUGCUUGCUGUCUUCCAAUUCUUGUCCAUGUUUUUUUUUUUUUACAUUAUGUAAUUGCAUAUAACUAGCCAAUCUCUCAGACAUGAUGGAGUCAUGAAGCCUGACGACUGCUUUGAUGUUUGUGAAACUGUCAUCAUUCCAACUCUGCGUUUACUGCAGAAUGCCACUCAUAAUUUUUUGCCUUUGUACUUUAUAUCCUAAACUUGAAGCCCUGUUCUUGCUGUUACAAAAACAGUGACCAUAGCUUCUGGAACUGGAAUUGUAUGUGUGGCUAGCUCUUCCCAUACAUAAAUUAUGUUUUGACCUGAAAUGGUAGCUAGUGUCGUUAGGGUUCUAUAGUAGUGUUGACAUUGUAGUUUAGGGCAAGAGUUGGCAAGAGUGCUGGAGAAUUGUGUGCGUCCACACUGUUGAGACAAUGGCCUAACAUUAAUCUUGUACUGCAGUUAGCCAUAUUGCAUUUUGCCAAUAUAUAUAGUGCCCCGAUUUCCUGGUUGAAGUGUUUGCAGUGCUAGUAUGUUCUUGAGUAAUUAUGUGUGUGUGCCGGUGACUGCAUGCACUUGUGAUCUUGGUUAACCCAUAACUUCCACAAUGCCAACAACAGUGCAAGGGUCUGUAGGUUGCCUGUGCUACAAAUUGCCAUGUGUAUUUACGAGUCAGAAACGUGAAGUGCUACAUAUUAUGUGAAGUGGUUGAAGCAAUGGUUUGUUGGAAUGAGUACAGGCCAACGGGCCACAAAUGUUGCGAGCGCGAGCCCACGCACCUUAUCGUAAGCACAUGCAACAGUAAUUUAAUCGCGCAAUAAAGCUCCGAACCAUUUUUCUUUUCUUCAA